CUUUGUGGUGGGGGGGCGGGGGGGCAGCUUGGUUUGUUAAUCGGCGAAGCCGCCGGAGCUCCGGGAGUCAAUGGAAGUGGUUUUCCUAUCUCGGCAGCUGCUGCAAGCGAGCGAAAGAAGCGGAAGGAAAGGGGGAGACGGGAACAUCAACUAACGCCCCCGCACGAAUCCCUCCAUCCCCCCUUCGCUUGAAAGACCGGGGGGACACGGAGAGUGAAGGCAGGGAUAAAAGCCAGCCGGCUCCGAAGGGAAAUUGCGGGCACACCGGCGGAUUUUGAUCGGGAAGUAACUUUUGGGCGUCCUUGGAUUGUGGCUCGGGAGAAACUUCCUCGGCUUCCCCUCGGAGCUCGGGGCCGCGCGUCGGAGCGAGACCAGCCUGUUCACACCUCGGGAGGAAAGGGAGCGAACUGCUGGCUGGCGUCGUCCCGGCGCAGGAGAAGCAAGUCGCGGAGGCCAUGCGAGCGUCGCGACCCCGGAGCUGAGGAGGAGACGUCCUCGUCCUUUCGGGGCUUCUCCUACGACGACGCCGCAACAGUAGAAUUACUGACAUAAAUAGAGAGAGCGAGAUUUUACAAUAAACAAGCAUGAAGCCGGUACGAAGACUCCUUUCCUGGGUGAGCCUCCUUGCCAUCACCGGGACCUUCUGUCUCAGCGCUUCUCAGUCAGACAUACUAUGCAAAAGAGUAUUCAAUAAUGCUGGGAAAAAUGAAAGGAAAGAGAAAAAGAUGACCAGCAUUAAGAUGGAUGGGCUCAAUUAUAGCAGUAAUGGCUGUAUUUUUGGAAGACUUGAAAGACCAAUUUGGAGAGAGACCCUCCUGGAGAAAAUCUUGUAUGUUUGUGCUGGCACUGAGAACAAAUUGAGCUCUCUGUCUGACCUUGAGCAACAGUAUCGUACAUUGCGAAAAUAUUAUGAGAACUGUGAAGUAGUAAUGGGCAAUCUAGAAAUCACCAGCAUUGAACAUAACCGAGAUCUCUCCUUUUUACGGUCUAUCAGAGAAGUGACUGGCUAUGUCUUGGUAGCGCUGAAUCAAUUUGAAUACCUUCCUUUGGAAAAUCUGCGGAUCAUUCGUGGAACAAAACUGUAUGAAGAUCGCUCUGCACUGGCCAUCUUCCUCAAUUACAAAAAAGAUGGGAGUUUUGGACUGAGGCGGCUUGGGCUGAAGAACUUGACAGAAAUCUUAAAUGGAGGAGUAUAUGUUGGCCAGAACAGAUUUCUUUGCUAUGCAGAUACCAUUCAGUGGGAAGAUAUUGUUCGCAACCCUAUGGCGUCCAAUUUCUCUGUGGUUCCAAAAAACAGUAGCACAGACUGUGGACAGUGUCACAAAUCCUGUGGAAAUCGAUGUUGGGGACCUUCAGCAGAUCAGUGCCAGAGUUUAACAAAAGUGGUGUGUGCGGAGCAGUGUGAUGGGCGAUGCUAUGGACGUUCUGUCAGCGAAUGUUGCCAUCGAGAAUGUGCAGGAGGCUGUUCCGGACCCAAAGACACUGACUGCUUUGCUUGUAUGAACUUUAAUGACAGUGGCGCCUGUGUCACCCAAUGUCCACAGACUUCAGUCUACAAUCCUGCCACAUUCCAGAUGGAAACCAAUCGAGAUGGCAAAUAUACUUACGGUGCUUUUUGUGUCAAAAAGUGUCCACACAACUUUGUGGUUGAUAUCAGCUCCUGUGUACGUGCCUGUCCAAGUCCCAAGAUGGAAGUAGAGGAAAAUGGAAUUAAGACAUGUAAACCAUGCACUGACAUUUGUCCUAAAGCUUGUGAUGGCAUAGGUACAGGAAGUUUGAUGUAUGCUCAAACUGUAGACUCCAGUAACAUUGAUAAAUUUAUCAACUGCACCAAGAUCAAUGGGAAUUUGAUCUUCCUUGUCACUGGAAUUCGUGGGGAUCCAUAUCACACAAUUGAAGCGAUUGACCCACAGAACUUACAUGUCUUCCAAACAGUGAGAGAGAUAACAGGAUUCCUGAAUAUACAAUCCUGGCCUGAAAAUAUGACAGAUUUUAGUGUGUUUUCAAAUCUGGUAACUAUUGGUGGAAGAGCACUAUACAGUGGUCUUUCCUUGCUUAUUCUCAAGCAGCAAGGAAUUAGAUCUCUCCAGUUCCAGUCCUUGAAGCACAUCAGUGCUGGGAAUGUCUACAUAACUGACAACAGUAACUUAUGCUACUAUCAUACUAUCAACUGGACCAGCCUCUUCAGGUCAUCUAACCAGAAAACUGUCAUCCACAGAAAUAAGAGGGCUGAGAACUGUACUGCAGAAGGGAUGAUAUGCAGCCAUUUAUGCUCAAAAAAUGGAUGUUGGGGACCAGGGCCAGAUCAGUGUUUAUCAUGUAAACACUUCAUCAGAGGAAAAACCUGUGUAAAGUCUUGUCACCUUUAUGAAGGGGAAUACAGAGAGUUUGCAAAUGGUUCAGUUUGUGUGGAAUGUGAUCCGCAGUGUGAGAAGAUGGAUGGAAACAAAAUAACUUGCAGGGGGGCUGGACCAGAUCAUUGUACCAAAUGCUUUCAUUUUAAAGAUGGCCCCAAUUGUGUUGAAAAAUGCCCUGAUGGUGUACAAGGGACAAACAGCUUCAUAUUCAAGUAUGCGGAUGAGGAUCGUGAAUGUCGUUCUUGUCACCCAAAUUGUACCCAGGGGUGUAGAGGCCCCACUAGGCAUGACUGCAUUUACUAUCCGUGGACACGCCAGUCCACAUUACUCCAGCACGCUAGAACCCCCCUGAUUGCUGCAGGAGUGAUUGGAGGACUCUUCAUCAUCGUCAUUUUGGGUCUUACGUUUGCAGUUUAUGUGAGACGUAAGAGCAUUAAAAAAAAGAGGGCUUUACGAAGGUUUCUGGAGACUGAGCUGGUAGAACCUUUGACUCCUAGUGGCACAGCACCCAAUCAGGCACAGCUUCGCAUUUUGAAGGAAACUGAGCUAAAGCGCGUCAAGAUCCUUGGAUCGGGGGCCUUUGGAACUGUCUAUAAGGGCAUUUGGGUUCCUGAGGGAGAGAGUGUGAAGAUUCCUGUAGCAAUUAAAAUACUGAAUGAGACAACUGGUCCAAAGGCUAAUGUGGAGUUUAUGGAUGAAGCACUUAUAAUGGCAAGCAUGGACCAUCCACAUCUGGUUCGGUUACUGGGAGUCUGUUUGAGCCCCACCAUCCAACUAGUUACUCAGCUGAUGCCCCACGGUUGUUUACUAGACUACGUACAUGAACAUAAAGAUAACAUUGGUUCCCAGGUUUUGCUGAACUGGUGUGUUCAGAUAGCCAAGGGAAUGAUGUACCUGGAAGAGAGGCGACUGGUUCAUCGAGAUUUGGCAGCACGAAAUGUCUUAGUGAAGUCUCCAAAUCAUGUGAAGAUCACAGACUUUGGCCUGGCUAGGCUACUAGAAGGUGAUGAGAAGGAAUAUAGUGCUGAUGGUGGAAAGAUGCCAAUAAAAUGGAUGGCUCUUGAGUGUAUACAUUAUAGGAAAUUCACACAUCAGACAGACGUUUGGAGCUAUGGUGUCACCAUUUGGGAGCUUAUGACCUUUGGUGGAAAGCCUUAUGAUGGGAUCCCAACAAGAGAUAUUCCUGACUUGUUAGAGAAAGGAGAGCGGUUACCGCAGCCUCCUAUCUGCACCAUUGAUGUUUACAUGGUAAUGGUAAAAUGUUGGAUGAUUGAUGCUGAUAGUCGGCCCAAAUUCAAGGAACUGGCAGCUGAAUUUUCUAGAAUGGCUCGGGAUCCUCAAAGAUAUUUAGUCAUUCAAGGUGAUGAUCGUAUGAAGCUACCAAGCCCAAAUGACAGCAAAUUUUUCCAGAAUCUGCUGGAUGAGGGAGACCUGGAAGACAUGAUGGAUGCUGAAGAAUAUCUUGUCCCUCAGGCAUUUAAUAUUCCUCCACCCGUCUAUACAUCAAGGGCAAGAAUUGACUCCAACAGGAGUGAAAUUGGACACAGCCCUCCUCCUGCCUACACCCCUAUGUCAGGAAAUCAGUUUAUCUACAGAGAUGGAAGCUUGUCUACAGAACAAGGAGUUCCUUUGCCAUACAGAACUGCCAUACCAGGCAUAGCUCCAGAAGCUCCCAUCAGGCAAGGAGCUGCUGAGAUCUGUGAUGACACUUGCUGCAAUGGUACUUUACGGAAACAAGUGGCAAGUCUUUCACAAGAUGACAGUAUCACUCAGAGGUAUAGCGCUGACCCAACAGUUUUUAUCCCAGAACGAGGGCCAAGAACUGAGCUGGAUGAAGAAGGAUAUAUGACUCCAAUGCCAGAAAAGUGCAAAACAGAUCACCUGAAUCCAGUGGAGGAGAAUCCAUUUGUUUCUCGGUGGAAGAAUGGUGAUCUUCAAGCUCUGGACAACCCAGAUUAUCACAACCACCAAACUGGGCAGUCCAAAGUCGAGGAUGAAUAUGUGAAUGAGCCCCUGUACCUCAACACCUUUGCAAGCACCUUUGAAAAUGCAGAGUACCUGAAGAAAAAUGGGCUUCCGUUGCCAGAAAAGCCCAAAAAGGCAUUUGAUAACCCAGGUUAUUGGAAUCACAGCCUGCCUCCACGAAGUACCCUACAGCAUCCGGACUACCUGCAGGAAUACAGCACAAAAUAUUUUUACAAACAAAAUGGAAGGAUCCGGCCCACUGUGGCUGAGAAUCCCGAAUACCUCUCAGAGUUCUCUCUGAAACCUGGCAUGAUGCUGCCCCCUCCACCCUACAGACACCGAAACACUGUAGUGUAAUCCCAGGGAGAAAUGGGGAAACCAUACCAGCACUCUCCUUCCUCCUCCCUCUUUUCUUCUCCUUCCUCCCCCUUUUCUUACUUUCUCUUGCCAAAUCUUCCCUCCAUUUGAUGUCUGCAAAGAGAAGGGACUCAUUUAAAUCAAUGAUUCCAGGAAUUUAGAAAGAAGCAAAAGGAAAAAAAAAGUCUGGCUUUUCUUCCUUUCCAAGCACUUCUUUUAGAGGAAGAAAAGAUCAGACUAGCCAGACAUGCUAGGAACUGCCCCUGAAGUGGUUGCCUCCUGUCAGUGUUCUGGUGUUCUUAUAGCGAUUCAGCCAAGAAAGUCACCCUGGUCAGUUUCUAUCAGCAGGAAGUGCCAGAGCCACUGAAGCAUUCCUGCAGAAGGCAAGGCCAUUUCAAAAGAUGGGAAGGGGGUAGAAAAAGACAAUUUUUAUACCAUAGGUAAUGUGACCUGAUGACUGAGAUUAAAAGGCCAAUUUCUUUAACCUUUAUUUUUAAUUCUGCCCCCUAAUCAAAAUGUCUAAUCCAGCUUGCUAAUGGCCAGUUGCUCUCUCUACUUUUGCAGUUGUGAGUUCUUUUCCAAGGCAGAGACCUCAUUCAUUCUUGUUCUGGUGCAUGAAAUUAGAGGUGGCUACAAGUAAAAAAUUGUAUCAGGACACACACACAUACACAUACACACACAAACUAACUUGGGCUUUUUGAGGGCACAGUGCCAAUGAAUAUUGAAUAUUUAUAUAAAGAGAGCCUCCUGUUCAUGUUUUAUACACAUUGAAUGCAACAUGUAAUAAUUCUCCCCUCCAUUUCUUUAUCAGCUAAAGCUGAGAGCAUUAUAUAGCACUAGAAGGAAGAAUAACACUGGAUUUUUAAACACUUUAACAUUUUUAAGGCAGGGUCAGGAGGGAAAAUGGAAAAAGAAAAAAAUAAGGACAGGUAAAACACGCUCGGGAAAUCACUGGAAAAUUAGUUUGCACUUAAACUUUUCUUUUUCAUUCUCUUUAUAUUUUGUCCUUACUCUGAACUUUAUUCUGGAAUCUGAAUGAAGCAAUAUGGAAGUGACCAGCAAAAUAAAAUAAUUUAAAAUGUAAAAUGAAUAAUAAUAUAAAUAUAUAUACUAUAUCUAUAUAUGAAAGGUGACUCUGGUAUUGCCAAAACAAAGUGAAAGUCAAGCCUUUGGAACUUCAUUCAUCAGUGCAACUACUACUCACAGGAAUAAUAUUGAAGUACCAACUUUGGAUAUUGGCUCUUACAAGAAAAGGAACACAUAUGAAGGGAACUCUGAAGGUAAAAGGGGAAGGACUGAUUUGCGCUCCCCAGUAAAGACUAUUGUGAGACUGUUAUUGAGAGGUUUUGUUCUAGCACAAAGAAGAAACACUAAACAAGAGCUUAAACAAAUUAAGGGUGUUUGUGGCUGUUAUAUUCUCAAUCAAAUCUGUAAGUAAUCUCCCAGCAUUUGCUCAUUUAUUUUUUUACUUUUGGCUCUUACAUGUUGAUUUAAAGAAAAAUAGUUGGUUCCUUGAAAUUGUAGCAUUGAAAGGCACAAGAAUAGAAAAAGUCUCACCUUCAUUCUCAAAUCUUAAUAUAUUUGGAAUGCACUUUUAGGAGGAAUCAGUUAUCUUAGUGUAUACAGGCUGCUGUUUAUUAAUUUCAAAACAGAGAAUAAAGGUAGAAGAACAGAGAAUCAGUGUAGAAAUAAGAUUUGUACUUAACUCUGAUGGACAAAAUUUAAAAGGUGCAACACGAUGAUUAUUGUCUUCAGAAAUAUAAAGAAGCAUAUUAAGAAACCCUUGUGAGAGGUAGGCAUUGGACUUACUUAACAGCAGAUGGGUAUAAAAGCUGAUAUUCUUAAAUAGCAGGUCCUUAUUCGUUCAUUUGGUAUGCUGUAUGAAAGGCAUGUUCUUUUGGGAUUCAGCAAAGAACAAAACAUAUCCCAUGAGGUUAUCAGUGACAGAAUGAUUUUACUGGAGAUUAAGGCAGGAGCCAAAGCAUGACACAUACAGCGAGUAACCUGGACAGAUCUUACAGAGCCAAUUGUUAGGAUGCCUACAGCUGUGACCACAAAGGACCCAAACAAGUAGGUUAGAUAAAAAAGAACCAAACCAUUGAAUCUUGCAACCCCAAAUCCAUUUUCCAAUGUAAUUUGGAAAGCAGAUAAUACAAAAUUAAUCGCUCUGCCCUUGAUCGAUCUAGAAUAUUGCUUGCUGGUAUUCUCAAAUCAGAAAACUCAGAUGUUAAUGACAUUUAGAUAAGUAUUUGUCUCAAAACAAGCUUUCUGAAUUUAUAUCAGGGGUGAAAUGCUCCUGGUUCAGACCAGAUCGGCUGAUCUGGUAGCAAUGGCAGUGGGUGGUUCAGAGAACUGGUAGCAAAAAUCCCUGCCCCCCCACCCGGCCCAUGCCCAGCUGAGCCGCGUGAACAUCAGAGCCUUUUUUUUUUUUUACUUUUAAAAGCAUUGUUUUUAUAACCUCUUUGGUCGAAAUGGUUGUAAAAAUAAUGCUUUUAAAAGUAAAAAAAAAAAGAUUGUGUGCCACAGCUGAUCACUCCACCACCACCCCUGCGUGCUGUUCUACUUAUCCCAUGCCUCCUUUUGGCGUGCACUGAACGCACGCACACCUUGCAUUUGGUACACGUGCACAGGCAGCAAACCGGUAGUAAACAGGUUCAGAUUUCAUCACUGCUUUAUAUGGAUAUUUUUCUUUAGAUAAGCAAUUUUAUUUUUCUUCAAGGUGCAGCUUGUUGGAUACUCUUAGCCCCAAAAUUCCACAUAGUCUGCAGGUAUCCGUAGAAAAAGUAUAAAACAGUAAACAAUUUCUCUACUUAAAUGUGCACAAUUUCCUUCUUCCUAUUUAAUAUGAAAUGAACGUUUGAUGAGGGCCAGAUUUUCAGUUAGGCAAACAAAAUCCUAACUCUAUAGGUCUCCUUUGCUAACAAUGAUGAUGCCAAAAUGGCAAAACAAGUAUUAUGAUAACAUGAUGUAAAUUUAUUUUUUCCCCCCUACAUGCAUUGCAGUGUUGUACACAACACUGGAGUGGUUUGCAUCAGAAUAUCAUAACAUAUAUUCUGCCACAUGUCCCACUUCUUGCAGACAUCCAUGCCUUGCUUCAAACCUUGAUUUAAAAAAAAAUAACACUGCAGCCUUCUAAUUCUUCCUUAAAAGUUUAAUAGUUAAUAUGAUCCAUCCAGCUCAGUGAAUUUGCUUUUGUUGCAAAAAGGAAAAGUAGUUAAAAUAUAAGUCAUGGAUUUGCUUUUAUUUUAGAAGAGAAAAGAGUGGUCUUAAAAAUCAGGAAUAUUUGAAAAUCAUUGCUUUAUCUUCUGUAGCUAUCUUCAUUUAAAAAGCAUGUGUCUUCUAGUUUCCUGACUUACAUUUAUAAUCAGCCAUAGCCUUGUAACCAAUAUUUAUUGGCUAAAGGGCACCGUAUGGGACCUAGUGUGUGAUCUAUGUAUGUUGUAGUCCAGAUGCCUAAGUAAUUGAUUCUUCCAGGUUGAUAACUUGUUAAAUCCUGCAAUUAGCAGUAGCUUCCAUUCUUCUCAAUAGUUAUCACUCCCUACAUAUGUACAGAACUUGCCAGAAGGAGCCAUGAAACUUCAACACUUCUAAUUUUCCAAAGAAAUAGCCAUUAGCUGGCACAUUUAUGUGUCCCGCCUAUAAGUCCUUAAGAGUUUCCUGUGUAAAUUGCAUCUCCCUUGAUUCUAGAAGAGAGCCUGGUAGGUCAGACUCCUUCUUAUUCCACUGCUGGAUCCAGUGAAAAUCAUAAGUUCUGGUUUUAAUUGUAGACAUUAUAGUAAUGGAGUUGCAGAGCCAGACCCUAGAACAAACUUGUCUUCCAUUGCAAUACAGGACUGCUUAUUUAAACAUGUUUUUUAUGAAUGGAUAGUCUUUUUUAUGAAUGGAUUUGAAAGGAAGGUAAUCCUUUCCUGCUACAUUUCAUGUAAAUGCAACUCAUGAUAUACACAGUUUCUUUUAAAAAAUCCCACACUUAAUAGAUAUGAGGUGGUAUUUAAAAAGUAUUGUCCAAGCUAUAAAAAACUCAGUAAUUAAGUAAAUAAAUCAAACUAAUUAUAUUGCAAAUUUCUCCAUGCAGAAAUUAGGACAUCAUUGGGCCAAUGUUAAGCAUGUUUCUCUCUAUACUUCACCAUAAAGCCUAGGCAGAUUGAAUUCCAAUUCCAUCAUAUUAGCUUUAUUUUCUGAUGUAGGACUGUAUAGUAAUAGAUGUUAAAAUUCAGGAUUACUAUUUUUCUUCCUUAGGAUUUUAGAAUGAAAGUAUUUGAAUCAGAAAGAUAGCAUAAAAUUUUAGUUUUUCCAACCAAUAGUUGAAACCAAUCUCACAGUAGCUGUAGCUGUGAAACUGUGAUUAUUAUUGAUCUUUAAAGUAUUGUCCAAGCUAUAAAAAAUAAUAUUCUAAAUUAGGGGUCUCCAACCUUGGCAACUUUAAGACUUGGGAGUUGUCCUCUGGGAGUUGAAGUUCACAAGUCUUAAAGUUGCCAAGGUUGUAGACCCCUGUUCUAAAUGACAGUACAAAACAAAAUCAGGUGAAAAAUGAAUUAAAUGUACUACUGGCCAGGGUUAAUAUCCACAAAUAUCUCAGUAAAAUCUAUUUGUGUAAUUUACAUAAUUAUCAUUUGUCAUACGAGGUAUGUAAUUAGUGCACAAUGGUAAUAAGGAAAUCCACCAUACCACAACUUCCUGCUGGUUCAAGAUUGGUGUACAAUUUGUUUGAUUUCAUACUAUGAGAUUGUUAGAGACUUGAGACAGUAUUGCCAUGGCUCAGGCACCUGAAAUUUAGUUGAAGCUACUUUUAAUUGCUGUUUGAGAAUCCUGUUUUCUCAAUGAAAGGAAUCCCUGUUUCUACUUCCUCCUAGCAACAUAAACCAGCUAUAUUUCACUUUUUAUUGCAUUGGCAAUAAAUAUCUCCCCUGGAAGGAAGAAGGAAUGGUGUAAAAGUCAACCAUUCUGAGCAAUCUUCCUUUGCUUUUGCAGCAGCAACCCCCAAUACAUCCUUCAGCUCCAGGGAUUGGACCCUGAACCUCUGUGAAGGAAGGCCCCAGUUAAAAACUUCUGUCGGAGUGCUAAGUCUACUUUGCAGCAGCACAUUGACUGAAUUUAAGAAGGCAGCUUCACAGCUGGGAUCCUUUUUUCUUGUGCCAAAACUUCUUAUAUUUACACCAGUGACCACAAAAGUGCACUCCAGAUGCAUUGCAAGUAAGGUUGGUGGAUUGGGAAUUAGCACUAUCACUUAUCCUUUUUGCAAUGAACAGGAUUUUUGUUUCUCUAGGAGGGUCUCUUUGAAAUAACAUUUUCUGUGCUCUCAGCUAGAGGGGCCGUAAUUGGCUAAUGGUUACUUCAGCAGUUCCAUGCAUGUUGGUGCGGAGAGCAGGAAAGCAAUGGCAUGUUAAUGGUGGUAAUGCCUCAAAGUGAAGGCCAAAGUGGUUCUCAGCUGCAAUUCAACUGCAUCCCUUGAGGGGAUUCUUUUUUAUGCCAUCUAUCCUAUCAACAUGAAAUUUUGGUGCUUGUAAUUGUUCUGGUGCUUUAGAAAUUUUUCUACUCCUGGUGGAGGGAGAAACCCCAUAGGUGUAAUUUUAUACCCAUGGAUUAUACAGGCAAAUAAAUGAAUACAAUUCUAUGAAUUAGAGACUAUAGUGAAUCAAAGACUAUGGCAGUCUUCCAAUACUUAUUCUCCAAAGCACCUGAGGGCAGGACAGGAAAUAACAGGUGGAAAAUUAUUAAACAGAGAUCCAACCUAGAAAUUCCUUGAUACUGAGAACAAUUAAUCAGUGGAACAGUUUACCUCAGGAAGUUGUGGGUUCUCCAUCACUGGAGCUUUUUAAGAAGACAUUGGACCGCCAUAUGUAUGGAAUGGUAUAGGGUUGAGCAGAGUUGGACUAGAAGACUUCCAAGGUCCCUUUCAACCCUGUUAUUCUAGAUUUAAGUUCUAAAACUAAUUGAGAGCUUAACAUUUCACAAGAAAGUGUAUCUCAGGGAGCACUAACCCUACUCCUAAUACUUGUGUUUUUAUGAUCAAUACUGUGGAUUAAAAAUCAUUAAAUGUCUUAGGUGAUAUAGGAAUCCUUAUCAAACUAGUUGGAGAGAAAAUGUUGCCUCAGAAAGUCACAACGUUUGCGUACUGAAAGUCUCAGACUGAACUGAGCCGGCAUACAUCAGAACCCUUCUACAGCCAAUAAACUGAACAAAAGCUAUCAUCCACAGACACCGUGAACUCUCAGCCUGUAUAAGAUAUACCAUUGUGAAUCAAAUGCAGUUGAAGGGUAUAUAACUUUUAAUCCCCAAAAUAGCAUGUGGAAUCCUAUGUUUACUACACAGUGUUUGAAACUGAAUACUUCCUUUGUAGUAGAAGCCCUUUUCAAGAGCCCUUAGAGCACCAGACCAUUCUGUUUCGAACUAAAAAUGGACGUCUAGUAAUUUUCUGCAUUAAAACCCCGCACAAACAGUAAAAGAAAAUAGAAGUCAUUUUUUUUCUCCCAAGGCAGUAAUUUCUCCCCUGGAUCACUUUUUCAAAUUCUGGAAAACGCAGCAAUUAAAAGAAAAUGAAGUUUAUCCUAAAGUUUAAAUUUAAGCUAUAUCAUAAGACCCAACUACAUUGCAUGCCAUGUGAAUUAAUUUUCAUCCUAUUAGGUUUCCUGUAGAGAACAGCCAGGACUGUGAAGGGCACUUUUACCAUUGUGUUCAAUGGUGGAGAAAAAAAAUCCAAGUGGCAUAGGAUGCAAAAUUUAUAUUCUUCUAUGAGGUGGUUCCAGCUCUUAUUCAAUUCUUCCCCUUCCCCACUCAAGACAUAUUUGCAAACAUGUGAGCCAAUUUGGUCUAGGCAUCAGGCAUCAGGCUAGAAAUCAGAAGAUUGUGAAUUCUAGGUCUCCCUUAGGCAGAAAAGCUCAACCUCACACAGGGUUGUUGUUGUUGUGGGGGAAAAGGAGGAUUAGGUAUAUUUACUACUUUGAGUUAUUUAUUAAAAUAAGAAAAGUGUGAUAUAAAUAAAGUGUGGAAUGUAUCAAAUUGUCACAUAUAUUCUUGCAAAAGAACCAUUGUCUUGAAUGAUCGGAUUUACUUACUACAAAGGAAAAUUUCUAUAUGUACUGUAAAUUCCUCUGUAUGUGUAAAUUUAGACUUACCUUCUCUUAGAAAUUUCCACCAACAUGUACUUGUGAUUUGAAAGUAUCCACUUCAGUCUCCCCUCCCCCAUUUGCAGCAUCUAGUCCUUUGCCUGUCAUUGCAGUCUGAUCUGUUCUAGAAAAUACGGAUUCCUAAUACAACUUAAUAUCCAUCUCAUUUUAAAACAUUCUUUGCUUUAUAUCCAACCUAUUAUUCAUUUAAAUAUAAGGUAUUGUAUAGGAUUAAUAUGCUGGGACCAUGUUGCUACAAAAGCAUAUAAAGGUAAAGGAAGCUUUUGUCUUCUAAAUCAUUGAAGUGAAUUCUUCUUCAGAGUUGAGUUUCUUUUGUUAGCCAUCUCUGCCAGCUGGUUUAUAGCACAUAUUCUGCAAUUGUAGAAGCUAUAAGAACCAACUUGAUCAAUUUAUCAAACAGUUAUGAUACCUAACCACACCUUAUGUUAGUCUUCCAUAAUUAAUACUUUUGCAUGCUGAAAUGCUUGCAAAAGCAUUCAGUAAUUAAUGUUUGUUUGGGCAGCCAAGACUGAAGACAGAGAUUUGAAUGUAGAGUACUGUGGAAAAUGUUCCAGUUCUUGAAAGUUAUAUUCUCCAGAGAAGAAAUUGUUAUCAUUAUAAUCAUUGUCUAAUUAUUAUAACAUUACUCCAGGGGUGUCCAAACUUGGUCCCUUUAAGACUUGU